CGCCAACUCAUACGGAUCGUUUUCUAUGGUAAAAUAACUUUCGUCUCAGCCCGACAAUGGCCUUCUCCUGCGCCACCUUCAGAGCCUGCGAUCCGUUCUUCCUCCCCCAAAACCCCGCCGGCCUCUCCUCGAUCGACUCCGCCGGUCUCGCCCGAAACGCUCUCUUCUUCGAAAUCAGGGGUUUCGGAUCGCGUUCCAAUCACAAAUUCGGAUUCGCUUCGUCCUCCAAAGGAACCCUUUUCCCAGUCUCUUGUCUCGUGAACAACAGCAGACUCUUCGCCAGGAAUGGCAAAUGGAGUUGCCAUGCAGAGCUCGAUCAUGGGAGUGGAGUCGGCGGCGGCGGCGGCGGCGGCGGCUGCGGAGGCGGAGGCGGUAGUGGUGGUAAUGGUGACCGCGAAGGAGAUGAUGGCGAAGAUGAUAGAGAGGAGGCUGAGUUCGGGCCGUUGUUGAAGUUUGAGGAGGUGAUCCAAGAGUUGGAGGCCCGUGGAGCGAACCUGCCUUCUGACAUGUUGGAGGCGGCGAAAACCAUGGGGAUCCGAAGAGAUUUUCUCUUCAGAUACUUAGACCUACAGGCGGCGCCUUGGCCACUGGGUGCUUUGAUGAGGUGUUGCUCGAUAUUUCGGGAUCGAAUGCUCGCUGACCCGUCAUUUCUUUUUAAAGUUGGAACAGAGAUUGUUAUCGAUUCUUGUUGUGCAACAUUUGCUGAAAUUAAAAAGAGGGGGAAAGACUUUUGGGCAGAAUUUGAGUUAUAUGCUGCAGACCUUUUGGUUGGGGUAGUUGUGGACAUUGCUUUAGUGGGUUUGUUAGCACCAUAUGCACGUAUCAGGCAGCCAUCGGCGCCGACUGGUAUCUUUGGAAGCUUGACACGUGCUUGUGGAGCUCUGCCUAGCAGCGUUUUUGAAGCUGAAAGGCCAGGCUGCAAAUUUACAAUUCAACAAAGGAUUGGAGCAUACUUCUAUAAGGGAGUAUUAUAUGGUUCGGUUGGAUUUAUAUGUGGCAUCGUGGGCCAAGGCAUUGCUAAUUUGAUAAUGACUGCCAAAAGGAGCGUAAAAAAAUCAGAAGAAGAUAUACCUGUUCCACCACUUGUGAAAAGUGCAGCUCUUUGGGGUGUGUUUCUCGCGGUUUCUUCCAACACUCGUUACCAGAUCGUUAAUGGCUUGGAAUGUGUGGUUGAGGCAUCACCUGUAGCCAAACGCAUUCCACCUGUAGCAAUGGCUUUCACAGUUGGUGUGCGUUUUGCCAACAACAUUUAUGGUGGCAUGCAAUUUGUGGAUUGGGCUCGGUGGAGUGGUGUUCAGUGAUGUAGGAAAUGUCAGCUUCAAGGCUGAACCCUUCGCUCAUGAGAUCAAAUUCAUGUUCCCCCUCAGAUAGAAAAUCCAGCAAUUUCUUGUGCACUUAUAUCAUCCAAGCAAAAUGUGCCUUCUACUUUAAUUCUUUUAGCAUGUAAUAUAAUCUUGUUCCACUACCUGGCUGCAUCUUUUACAGCAAGCACACUAGUUGCCUUACAUGACCAAUCCAUUGAUUGGAACAUGAGAUCAUUUUAAUGAUAAUCUCCCAUUUAAUUUAUUUGAUUGGACAAUGAGCUUCAGAAUAUUAUAUAUUAAAUUGACUGAUCAUUGGAUAAUUGCUUUGUUGUAAAUUAAGAGAUAGUAAUCAAAUAUUUUCAAUAGCCUGUUGGAAUCUUACUAUACUUAACAAUGAAAUUAUUCAAACACAUGCUUGUCUAGAAUUAUAAUAUCAUGGGUUAAGUUUGCUUCUUUUACCUGCAGAUUGGUACAUGUUUUCAUUGACAUCUGACCUUCACAACAGUCGGGAAACUAUGCUUUUUGUAUUUCAGAAUAUUCAAUACCACAACCUGCAUAUGGUUGUUGGUAUCAUUUGUAUCAACUUGGUGGUAGCUUUAUGUGAUUGCUUUAAUAGCUAAAUCAAAGUUGAAAAUGAUAUUCCAAAUUGAAGUCAGAAGAGAUUCAGCCUAGUAUUUUUUCUUUGAAACUAUGAUUAUGCAACAUUUUUGGUUUAACUAUUUCUUAACAUGAUUAUACUUUUCAUCUUCUAUUCCGAUAUUAACUUUAAAAAUUGAGUUUUUAUUUUGGAGGGAUAGGCAAGCAUGGCCCUUAAAGUUGGACUUGGAUAAAUGGUGCAGGCAUAGAUUUUUAAAGACAAGUAUUGAAAUGUAUUGCAGAAGUCUAGAGGAUUAGAGGUAGCUGGGUUAGAGCCUAUCAGAUCAAAGUAUAUUUUGUGUAAAAUAGCAGGUUUGCAAAUAGCAGGUUUGGGAGGCUACAAGUAUAGGCGGCGUUGAAGAAUAUUAAAGGAUAGCUAAAACUUUUAUAACAGCAGACUAGACAAAAAUAUAGCAUAUUUGUUUGUAAUGUUGUACAUAUUCCAUUCAAAUCCUAUAUUUUAGGGGUGCUACUGUGCCGCAGCCUCUCCCUAGCUCAGCUAGUGUGGAAUGUGCUCAAUAAACAAAUCGCUGUCCCUAUUUUCAUUGUCAUUUUCCUUAAUUUCUCAUAUCCAAACUUACGAUAUUGCAUCUAUAAUAUUACUAUAUCACUUUAUGAUACUGCAUGUGUUCUUUAUUGACUUUGGGAAAGCUUAUGGUAAGGGUACCAAUAAAAACAAAUUGAUAGGCUUUAAGAAGGAAAAGUAUUCAUAAAUGGUACAUUGAGUUUAUAAGAACAUGUAUGCUUGAGCAGCUACGAGUGUAGUAGUAGUGUUGUGUUUUCAGUCCUUGGUCUUAGGCUAUGGAACAAUAAAUUUAUAUUUUUUAAUCAAUCAUACAUGUAGUUGCUUCUAAUACUCAGGAAGAUGCAUUAUGAUUUAUUGAUGAUAUAGUCGAUUAAUGAAAAAGAUUAAACAUAAAUUGGAUUCAUGGAAGGAAGUCUUUGUAGGUAAGGGCUUAAAAAUCAAAAGGACAAAUGUUGGUGGAGUGCAGUUUAAGUAAAAAUAGGAAUUCAAUUGAACAUUGAGGCUCUAUAACAGAUUGAUGGAUAGGAGGUACUUUAGAGUGAUCAUUUUUGUUAUCUAGAAUCUAUUAUACAAAUUAGUGGUGAAAUAGAUGAGGACAUAUAUAAUAAAAUGAAAGACUGGUUGGAUCAAGUGGAGAGUUGCUUUUGUGGUAUUAUCUGAUAGAUGCAUACCUUGGCAACUUAAGGGAGAAAUUUAUAUAAUGGUAUUAAGUUAUAAAGUUGUAGGGUUCAGAAUGUCAGGCCAUAAAGAGGAUCCAAGAAAACAUGUCGAAAAUAGUAGAAUGAGAAUGUUGCAAUGGUUGUGUGGUAAAAUUAGAAGAGUGAGAAAUGAUUAUAAUAGAGGAGCCAUAGGAGUUGUAUCAAUUUAGCAAAAAUUGAUGGAAAAUUGAUUAAUAUGGUAUCAACAUUUUUAUUGAAGAUUUGGAGGAUCUAGUAAUAGAGGAUACUUACAGUCUCUGCUGGAGAGUGUAGUAAGAGUAGGGGGAAGAUGAAGGUGACACUAAUGAAAGUUGUGAUAAUGGAUAUGAAAAAGUUUAAAAAGGCUUUUAUGCUUGAAGACCUUGUUUGUGUAAGAAGGCUUCGUCAGCGAGUCUCUAUUGAAAAGUCAUGAUAGGAGCAAGGAUUUUAUUCUUUCUAUGAUAAGGUAAAUCAUCUUGGAGCUGGAAUUCAUGAUCUUUGAUGACAUGGGAUAUAGAUGAAGGAACAAGUCACCUGAAUCUCUUCCCACUCCCACAUUCUUUUGCCUUUUUAAACUAGAGCUCCAAGCCUCUAACCUCAUGGUUCUUUAUUAGCUAACUAGUGGCUUCUAAAAUCACAUGUGGUGCUAAAUCGGAAUGCUUGGUAAAUGAGGAUAAAGUAAAUCACAAACAGUUAGGACAAGGUUAGGAUUAUGGUGAUCCUAGGGUUUGGAUUCUUGGGUUUAGGGCACGAAUGAUUACACACUAGGGUUACGGAUGACGAGAAAAGAGGGAUGGAUA